AUUUCAAAUUUUACAGUAGUAUUUUCGAAAUACACGAACUGCCUGAAAUAUAUAUUAAAUAUAGAAUUUAAGUAAAAACAGAAAUACAGUAGUUCGAUAGUACAAAAGAACUUACUUUUUAGUAUUAUUUUCUUAAAAAGAAGCGGGAAUUUAUUGAAUACAACACAGUCUUGGAAAAAGGGGAGAACAAAGAUUCUACGAUAUUUCAAAAGUUGAAAACAACAUAUUUUUAUUAAAAAUAAGCUUGAAUCAGAAGACAUUGAACGUAGUGCGCGCAUUGUUUAUACAUUAAUAAAUAUAAAAUAAUAACUAUUAAAUUUAAUUACGCUUAAAGUUAAUGGUAAAAUUGGUACACUAGCGCUGAAUACGCUCAUCGGAACGUUGUACCUUCCAGUGAGCCGCGUCAGUUCGAUAAAGACCACAGUGAUUUACAAAGAGGAAGGCAAAAGAUAUUGAAUGUACCGUCAAAUGCGCCUUCGAUCGAAUAUAAUUAUUUCUGAAGCACGAGUUUAUUACUGAAGGAAGAUCUGCUCGAUUAACGAAUUAUUGUGUGACGAGAAAAGAUGGAAAAGACGGACGAAAACGAGCACAACGCGUUGCGAGAGGUUUUAAGUGACGAGGAAUUGAAAAGAAUCCCGGAAGGAUUUGUUAAAAAAUUAAACGCAUUCUUCAACGAAAAAUUUGAACAAUAUAUUACGGCUAAGGCAGUUUUCCAAACCUACAAGAAAAACUUUGACCAAACUUUGGAGAAAUUACAAAAAGAUUUAACAGAAGAAAAGACAAACUUUGAAGAGUGCAAGGAAAAAUUGACAAUAUCAGAGAAAUAUACUUCUGAAUUACAAAGCAAUUUGGAUGAAGCCAAGAACGAAAUAUUGAAAUUACAAGAGAGUGUUAAAAGAUUAGAGAAGGACAAUGCAGACUUACGUAGACAUAGGGACACUGUUGUGGAUGAAAGGGAUACAUUGCAGUUACAGGUUGAAAGACGGGAUACUGAAAUUGAAAGAAUGCACACUGAAUUAUCUUCUCUGGGAACACAACUUCAAAAUGCUGUUGCUGCCAAAUGUCAAGCUUUAGCAGAAACAGAGGAAAUUCGAAGUCGUGACAUGACUCUUGAAUUUAAGGAGAAACGGUUAGAACAAGAAAGAGCUUUGAUUCAACAACAAAUGGCAGGACUUGAGGAAGAAUUAGCAAAAAGAAUGUCAGAAUUGCAAUCAACGAGAGCAGAAGCAUCUGCACGAUCUCUUUUAACUGACACCCGUUUGUCACAACGCGACGAAGAGCUACGUAUUGCUAACGAAGCAGCGGCACAAUUACGAGAAUCUUAUGCGUCUCUUCAAAGGCGAUGUAACGAACUCGCUCAAAAACUAGAAGAACAACGUACACAAGAAAUUUCUAUGCAUGCUUCCUAUAGAGAAGAAAUUGGCGCUCAAACCAGACUGGCAGAUCUUUACAAAGGCAUGGCUGAUGAAGCUAAUGCAAAAGCUGAGGAAUUUACCAACGCAGUUAAAGAACUUCAAGAGUUAUUGGAGCAUGCUACUGAUCAAUAUGGAACACUAGAAACUACGCACAACCAGCUUCAAUUACAACACAAAGAAGAAUUGGAAGAGAAAGAACAGAAAAUAGAGGAAUUAUCGAAAGAAUUAGAUCAUGCAAACGAAUUACUUAAAAACAUUAAGCAAGAACGACUGGAUCAAGCUGUCGAACAACUUGCACCAACAGCAGCUAUAGCUAACCGCGUGCUUAGGAAAGGUCUGAGUCUUACUCAAAUAUAUACACAGUUAGUCGAAGUAACGAAUGAAUUAACAUCAGAACGCGAAGAAAAUGAACGUUUGAAAUCUCAGAUGGAUGUUAUUUUACGCGAAUUGGAAGAAAAAGCACCUAUUUUACAGCAACAACGCGAAGAUUAUGAAACAGCUAUGACUAAUAUCGCGACGCUCACAUCGAGACUAGAUGAACUACUAGCAGAGAAUCAUAAACUGCAGGAAACGACAGACGAAGCGAAUCGUAUUGCUAAACAUCAUACUAAAGAGAAUCAAAGAUUGAAGACAGAGUUGUCAGACCUAGCACGGCAGGUGUGCUAUCUUUUGAAAGAAGUUCAAGAGAGUAGAACCGGAGCAACUAUGCAUUCGAGCGAGUUUUCUAAUUCAGUGGACAUGGACAAUCUUGUUUCGUCGGAAAUUAUUAGCAAAAAGCUUGUCACUUUCAAGGACAUUGAAGAAUUGCAAGAAAACAAUCAAAAGUUGUUAUCGAUAGUUCGCACACUGUCAUCGAGGCAGGAAGAAAUUGAAAGAGCAACCGAUGAAAUAAAUUCUGGCGAAAUGAAAGAAAAAUUGGAUAGAUACCUAGAACAAUUGAAGGAUAUGCAAACUGCUCAAGAAAGACAAGCGAAAAUGUUAGAGGGCCUUCUAAGGCAACGGGACAUGUACAAAAAUAUGUAUCAACAAUGCUUGAAACAGACAAAUGUAACAGAGAAGAAAGAACCUGCAGAAACGCCUGAAGAAGACACAAAGGAAGCAGAGGAAGGAAAGUUCGUUCCUAAUGAGUCGCCCAACGUCGCUCCAAGUGAUACUAACACAGAAAAAGAAUUAAAGAAACAACUAACAGAAUGUGAAUCUAAAUUGAAACAAGUCACGGAUGAAUUCGGAACUUACAGGAAAGAAAGAACAGCCCAUGAACGAAUGUUGGGAGAAGAAGUCGAGAGGCUUAGAAAAGAAGCGGAAGCAAGUUCAGAUCGUUGUUGCAGAUUAAAAGCACAAUUAGAUUCUUCCAAUGAUAGGUUCAAUCUCUUACAAGCAAAUGUCACUUCUUACAAGUCUCAAAUAAAGGUGCUCGAAGAGAAAUGUUUUAAUUAUAACGUAACAAUCGGCAAGCAUGAGCAAAGCUUAAUGAUUUUGAAGGACGAGGCUUUAUCGGCUCAAACGCGUUUGUCUCGAGCAGAAGUGCAAUUAGAAAACAUACGACAGGAGAGGCAGCUUCUACGUGAUUCGGAAAGCCGUCUUCUAAAGGAACGCGAAAUAUAUCAGAGAGAGCGUCAAACGCAAGCUUUGUUACGGGCAGACGUUGAGUCUAUUAAAGCUAGUUUAGAACGUGUUCAAGCUGAAGGUCAACUACGCGCUGAACAACGUUUAGAUGAUGCAACGAGGGAGUGCGCAGCGCUAAGGCGACGAUUACAGGAAGAACAAGAUAGAUUUAGAGAAUUAUCAACUCAUUUGGAGAGACAACUAACCACUGCGCAAGAAAGACUGGCGGAGGAACGCAACAUAACGGAACAAAUUAGAGCAGAAUUGGAACAGACCCGCCAAUCCGAUUCUCAGAACACACAGCGCAUAGAAGAGCUUAAUACUAAGUUGAGGCAAGCCGUUACUCAUUCAAUAUCGAAGCCUUUCAAUGGUGACGAAAAUCUCGUAAAGAGAUUAAAAGAAGUUGAGAUACAGCUUGGAGCAGCACAGGCGGAGUCAAAGUCGCUGUCGGAACAAUUGAAAGCCGCACGACAACAAAGCCAACAGUAUUGUGACAUAGCUGAAAGCGCGGAGGCGCAAUUAAGAGAGUUAACUGCGCAACAUAAUAAAUGUAAAGAAGAAUUAGAAACAGCUUUAAAAGCAGCGCGCGUAGAAUUAAUGUCCCUUCAGAGGGAGCAAGAGUUAGUAAAAGAAGUAGCGGAAGUUUCUAGUGGUAGACAAGAAACUGACUCAGAAUUAAGAGAAAAAUUAGCUGACGCAGAAAGAAAGCUUGAAGAAUUAGACGAACUUAAAGGAGAAUUAGAGAUUGUUAAAAGUGAUCUGCAAAGUGCUUCGUUAACAGCGAAGGAAGCUGAGGAGAAGUAUGCGAGAGAAAUGGUUUUGCAUUCGGCAGACCUUCAGACACUAGCUAAGAUAAAAGAGGAUGCUCGAGUAGUAGAACAAAAAAUUACAGCGUUAACUCAGGAGAGGAACAGUGCUGUAGAAGCUUUGCAACUCGAGAGGGCAGCUUGUCAAGAAAGGGAAAAGAAACUGCAAUCAGAGAUGCAGGAGAUGCAACAACGGAUAGACGAUUUAGAUUCACAAAAUGCUAUUCUACAUACUCAAAUUCAAGAAUUAAGUGAUAAAACAGCGAUCAUGCAUAGUCAGCAAACUAAGAUGAGUGGUCGGGAAAGUCCUGACACUAGUUUAGAAGCGAUGAAUCGUAGUUUUAGCGGACUAGAGGACGAUUCAAAAUCUGCAGAACAAUUGUUGAGAGUUAUGAAGUAUUUGAGACGCGAGAAGGAUUUGGCAGUAACCAAGUUUGAUGUUCUUAGAGCGGAGAAUCUUAGAUUAAAAUCUCAAGUGGAGGUAUUGGAGAAAAGAUUGAAAGAAACAGAAGCUGUUCUUAGCUCAGAAAGAGAAAAAUCCGAAAUCGAUGUAGUAACCACAUCUAAACAUGCGGAACUGCUACGAAAAGUUGAAACCUUGAAUGCGAUUACGGAUUCUAACAGAAUAUUGAGGGAAGAAAGGGAUAGUUUAAGCGGGAAAGUAGUCGAGCUCACUGCGAAGGUUGCUGCGCUUUCCGAAGAGAUAGGUCCGCUUCGAGAUUCAACGCGGGACUUGGAAGUAAAGACUGAAGCUUUGUAUCAAGAGAAUACAAGCCUCAAAGCUGAGGCAACUAGAUGGAGGCAAAGAGCCAAUGCAUUGGUAGAAAGAGCUAACAAAACAAGUCCUGAAGAUUGGCGUAGAUUGCAAACUGAACGCGAGAAUCUAAGCAAAUUGCUCACGUCCGAGCGAGAAACACAUGCGAAACGGGCUGAAGAAAUGAAUCAAUUGAAAACGGAAAAAUCGAAGUUGGAAGAACAAUUGCUUCAGCUUCAGAAACAAGUACAAACUCAAGGUGAACAAAUUCAAAAAACUUCUGACGAGGCUCGCAAGUUGAACCAAGAUUUGACUGAUGCUCUUGCUGAUUCUUCUUCCAAAGCUAAAGACUUGGUGACAUUGAAAAAAGAACUUGGGGACAAAGAAGCGGUUUUGAACGACAUUAAGAACAAGGAGAUACAGAUUCGAAAAAUAGCAAAGAAAUAUAAGACUCAAUUCGAGGAACUUGCAAAAACAGUAGAGGAAGAGAAGACCAGAUCAGAAGAAUCUCGAAUGGCAGCUGGCACUUCUGCCAGCGAGGAUACUUCGCAGGUGUCUCAGGAACGUGAAGACCAAUUGCGGGAGGAAGGUCGAGCAGAAUUACGCCAAGCGAAUAUAGAGUUAACUACAAAGGUCGAUGAAUUAUCCAGACAAAUGGAAACUGUUCAGAACGAAGCUGAAUUACUGAAGAAAGAAAUUGAUACGAUGAAUAAGAGUAGCGUGGAGAAAGAAGAACGCGCGAAGCAAGUUCUUAAAGGUGCUAGAACGAAGAUUAUGCAGUUGACGGAAUCGAAGAAAAUCUGCGAGAAAGAAUUACUUGACUUGAAGGCGAAGCUUGAAACAGGUACCUCUGAAUCAGAUACCACUGAACACGAUGCUAGACUAGUAGCUCUAAAAUCUCAGAUGGAAGGUAGAAUUUCUCGGUUGGAACAUGAAAAAGCAGAGAUUCAAGCGGAGAAGGAAACUUUGGUGCAAAGAGUCACUCAGUUGCAACGGCAGUUGGCUGGAGUUAGCGGAGUUAGCGCUACUACCGAGCCGCCUACCGCUAACAUUAAACCAAUGUCCGCUAGAGCUGAAACUCCAUUAGCCAGUAUUCGUCCGAUGAGCGUUGUCGUGCAAUCUAGAACAGCUGCGGUUCUCCCGACCACUGCUAGCGCACCAGUUAUGGUAGCACCUCACCAGCAGCAGCAGUCACAGCAACAGGUAGUGCACACCACCGAAACAAGUUCCCCAACUAGUAGUCUUCCAGACUUUCAACCAGCCAGCACCAGCAGUUCGUCGCAAACAGCACCUAGUACUUUACGUCAACUCGUUGUACAGCCACAGUUAAGCGAGUCAGCAGAGUCGACGCAAAGAGAAGAUCCGGAGAGUGCCGAAACCCUCAAUGUACAACAACAACAAUGUCAACAGCAACAACAACAGCAGCAGCAGCAGCAGACUGUUGCGUUGGUCAGUCCAAGAGUUGAGCAACAGCAACAGCAGCAACAACCUGCGGCUAGCGAUCAACAGCAGACUGUAGCUAGCAGUUCAACCCAGUCAGUGAGCACGUCUCAAGCAUCUACAGGACACAAACGCCCCAGAACUUUAGAUUCAACUGCAUCAGGAUCUGGAAUUGAAGGCAUGGACCAUAGCAGGCAAGAGCAGGUACUUAGCCCCAAGGCCAAACGAACCAGACAAGAAAUGACGUCCACUGCCAGUGCAAGUGCUUCGGAAGUUGAAUACCAGGUACCAACCUCGAGCCAACGGGAUCAGGAUGAAGAAGUAGAAGAAGGGUGCGUAGUUGUAGUAGACUGCGAUGAAGGUGAAGGAGGAGGUAACCAUCAGGCCCAGGAAGAAGAAGAAUUUGACAAUGAUCCGUACGAAGAGAUGGAAGAGGAAGAAGAAAUGCCAUACGAGGUUGAGGGAGAGGUAGAAAGAGACAAUAACGAAGUUGAAAUUAUAAUGGGUGAAGAUUCUACGAGCGUGGAAGUUCCUAGACAAGCUCAAGUAACGGUGCCUACGAAUCAACAACAACAACAGUCUGAAGCGAUAAGUAGCGCUGGACCAACUGGAGAACCAGCCACCUCGUUUACAACGCGGUCGUCGCGUGGUAUUGCACCCAUGCCUAGACAACAACAACAACAACAUCUGCUUUUGCCGCAACAAGGUUACGAGGAUGGCGGUGACGAUAGUAUAGUACCGAGUACCCCGACCCUGUUCGUUCCACGUCGCGGAGAUGGAUUCGGCGAAGCAGUCAGCUCACCUCAAGUUCCUCAGGGGCGUUUCACCUUUGGAGAUUCAUCUGCACCGACCACUGCAUCGUCAACCCCUUCCUUAUCAACGCCAUCGGGUUCAGCAGCUCGAACAAUAUUCGGUUCAUCGAGUUCCAAUGUGGCACAGGUAGUUCAAGAAAGUAUGGACGAUAGUAGAAUGGACCUGACACAACUAGAAGAUGGCGGUACUGGCCGUAGCGUACCUACAACACCUUUACAAGUUUCCCCGGCAGCUGAUUUACCACCCUCGACGAGCAGUGGGCCAUCCGAGGAGCAGGAGACGUUGGUUUCAGUGACACCCGCGUCAGUAACAGGUACCACAGUUGGCGAUGCCAGCGAAGAACCUGCGAUACCUAGUAUACGUGUAGUCGGUGUUGACGAUCAACAACAUAGUCAAACUGAAAUAAUCACAGAAUCUAUGACACCGACUGAAGGUAUGAGCUCGGAGAGUGAAAAACGUACAGAAGAAGCUGGCCCUUUAAUGUCUGGCGAAGAUGACGCGGUAGACACAGGUGAAGGAACUGAGGAACCAGGAAGUGAUAUAGUGGAGGACGAAGUUGAAGAGGAAAGUCGUGAAGCGGAAGCAUGCCCGUCCAGUAAUACGCGGCAUAGAAGAAUGGCAGCAGUCGCAGCAGCAGCUGCGGCAACAACUCCCGCGAACGGCACCAGAACGGCGACUGCCAGAAGAUCAUCGCGGUCGCCGUUUAGAACAGCACGUGGCACUAGACCUACACCUAUCGUUUGGGAAAAUCAAUCAGGCAGGGGGCAACCUAUAGUACGCGGCCAUGCGGCGAGAGGAGCAAACAAUGAAACCGGAAGAGGGCGUGGAACAAGAGGACGCCGAAUGCGCUCUAAAUAUCCGUCAUACGCGCGAUUCUAAGACUAAAAAGUUGUUUCUGCGUACGAAAUCGCGUGAAAGAUGCAAACCACUGUUUUCGAGCGCGAACGGUGUAACGGACUGGUUGGCUGUUAAUAUAUCAAUUUUCAAAAUGAAAAUAUUUUUAUUUAGCGUUAAUCAGUUAAUUAUGUUGUACAGAUAAAUCGGUCGCUGCGACACUUAAUUCUGUAUCCUGAAAACGAGACUGUAACAUCGUUCUAGCAAAGACGAUUGCAUCCAUAUAGUUUAAAACCGCGAAACUGUCUGGGAUUAACAGCAACUAUACAACCAUUUUCUCUAAUAUUAUUCUCAAUAACUGAAAGAGACAUUCCUUUCAUUGAGUUUCCCCUUUUUUGGUUCUACUCGCGAGAACGCCGAUGGAAAGUAUAUAGCAUUUAAGUUGUCUUAUUUAUUUACUUGUAGAAAGUAAUUUUUAUGCGGAUGUUGAUCGAUUGUCAUUGAUCAUUGGCAGUGUCACUAACGUUUCUCAGAAAUGACAAUUUUUUUAACGAAAAUAUCUUGUCGGAAAGUAUGAGUGUCGUCUCUAUCCUUUUUUUUCUUACUGAAACAUGUUUUAUUUCUCAGUGUUUUACAGAUUUAAAUGGAUAUGCUUAUUACUUCCACGUGUCACCGAUGAAUAUUAAUAAAUACUAUAUAAAAUAAAUACCUACGAUCUAUAAAUGUCCGCUCGAAUAUAAUAAAUACGAGGUAUUAAGAUGCGCACAAAUACAAUAUAUUUUACAUGUACAUCAGUCUCUUAACCGAUUCAACGUGUUGCCCGACAUUAAUACUUUUCGAAUACUUCCGAGUACCGCGGGUUAUUCCAACAGAGGGCGAGAACAUUUUAAAAUUACCGACGAGAACGCUUAAAUACUGAAACACGACACGAAUAAAGAUAUCCAACAAUUUACACAUUUAUACACAGUGUCGUAACUACGAGACUGUCAUUGCAUUUAUCAACUAAUACCGUAAUAUUAAAGUAAUAUCACAAUGGUGAACAGAAACACGACUGUUCUCUUCGCCGGAAACGAGCUUGGUAUGCUAAAUUUUAACGUGUUAACACGUUCUGGUCCCAUUCAGUUCAAUUACCGGACUAUUCACGGCGUUUAUUAAUAAUAGAUAUGACUAGUUUAAAUAGUAACAAUUUGCACUAUAUCACGUGACUCCUGCAAAACAGGUGUCCGGCGAUCGUUCCUUGACUUUUACCGUCGAGAAGACAACACAGUCAUGUUGUUGGGCAUCGAGCCAAUCUACUUUCUGCGUUACAGUCUAAAUGCACGCGUUGAACUAGAAGCCGAUAUCGGUCCAUCGGGAAAGACGUGAACACGAAAAUCGGCACGGAACGUUUCUCAAUGAUCGUUCAUUGUCAACCAUCAAAUAAGAGUCACGUUCGGCUGUAGAUGCUCUAAUCGACGUCGGUCGUGCGUCGUGGUGAUCUCGCAGGAGCAAUUCCCGUGUUGCUCGACCGUGAUCCAUUGUUUCCUGAUCCCCUUGGUCUCCAGGCUCAAAAUCUGGGUCUCCACCUCCUCGUAGUAAAUCGACGACACCACUGGUUUGCAGCUUCUGUCCGGGUUGGUGCAGCAACCGGAGUGCACGUCGCAGCGUUUCAAUACAAUGUAAGCAGGCUGCAUGACACUGUCCCCGGUAUUCUGUUGAACGUUCUGCAUCAGGUCCCUCAAGUUGUACGCCCGGCUCUGCGGCUCCACGCAGGUGAAACUCCGGAUCAUGUUCACCGCGCGCGGCAAAUUGAUCCUCCGGGCCGGCCGAUGAUGGUGAUGGCCGUGCUGGCCGUCGACGUUCGCCGUUAACUGGACCACAUUGUCCAAAGUCAACGGGACGAGCAUCAUCAGCUUUAACAGGGAGCUCUUCAAUAAUCUACUUCUCAUGCCUCGGACUUGUCUACGCGUUUGUCCCGAUCUUGACUGAAACUUGCUCACGUGCAUAAAUUACACGCACCACUGCCGUCGUAUUGAGAGGCAAUCGACUGAGAGCUUCCUGCUGCCAGAAGUGUAUUUAUACGUGGAACAGCCUGCACACACGCGGAAGAUGCACACGCAUCGAUCCGGAUCCAUGCACGUUGCAGGAAAACUCUUGGUAUCCUGCGAAUCGCCAGCUAAUACUCCUUGUGUAACACUUGAAAAACCAGUGUAUUUUCGUGUAUGGUAGUUACCACUGUCUCACUGGCGGACACGUCAACGAUCACGGCCCCUUACCCGCUUCCUCGACUUCCAUGGGUAGUAUCCGUCAAGCCGUGACUUCUUUCUCGAACACGACGCUGCGGUCAGAAUCACGUGGACGUUCGAUUCGAAAAUUUUACAGGAGACCUCGACGAGUUUACUCUCAUCGCGGACCGGCUGUCCUCUCAACGGUCGUCUUCUGAUAACGGAAGGCGAAAUACAUAUUUAUAUAAAGUGCGAACUUCGACUUCUAGCGUAUUAAUGCGAUAUAGCAACGGUCACCACCCAUGUACGAUAAUUUAAGCAGAAUUUUAAUUGCUCCUUAUCGGCCCGUUGAGUAAUACCAGUGUUCCAAUGUUUACGAUCAUCAUCGUUUGGGGCGUUACUGACGAUUCAGGAAGUUCAAACGCUUUGCGAAAGUUCAAUCGAAUUUUCUUUCCUUAUUUACGCGUGAAAAUUCAUUGAAUCGUACUACCGUAAUUCGUGUGUUUACUGUCUCUGCGAACGUAUAAACCGAUAACUUAUCGGUUACAAGCUCAUGAAGUAUUGGUGCACUCUGGGUGAGAAAUGUCUUCCUGCUUGUUCAAUGAAGUAGCGCACUGUCCCCGGCGAGAAGCGUUUGAUCGAUGGAAUUGUUAGAGAA